CUUCCGAAUGUGACCUUCUUUCUCUUCCGGUUGUUGUCCAUUCGUGUGUCAGUAGGUAAACAAGAGUCACAAUGGCAAAGUCGAAGAACCACACGACACAUAACCAGUCUCGUAAAGCCCAUAGGAAUGGCAUCAAGAAGCCCAGAUCCCACCGCUAUGAGUCCCUGAAGGGGUUGGACCCCAAGUUCCUGAGGAACAUGCGCUUUGCCAAGAAGCACAACAAGAAAGGCUUCAAGACGAUCAGGAAAGCCGCAGCCGCAGCUGCAGCCGCAGCCGCAGCCGCCCCAGCUGCCCCAGUUGUCGCUCAGGAAUGAUCCGUCUGCCCGUCAUGCCGCAACGCCUUCAGUUUUCAUCACAAUAAAGCAAUGCUUUGUUAACAAAC